GAGCUAGAGCCUCAGCCUCUUCAGAUUCCACACUGUCCGCCUCCCCGGUUCGUCCCCAACUCUCCAUUAAUACAGUAUUUUUUCAUGGAUAGAAAUCUAUGGACCACCCGAUUAAUGCGGCGGCGGCGGCGGCGGAGACGUCUGGGAGAUGGACGUGCGGGGCGUCGACCGUAUCGUGAAGGUCGUCCUCUGGCACUCCGGCGCGGUCGACGUCAUCUCAGUGCUAUACGAGCGGGACGGCCGGGAGGAGCAGACCAGGCACUGGGGAAAGCCCGAAGGACAGCGCUCAGAGAUCUGCCUGGAGCCGGAUGAAUACCUCAUCGGCGUCAAAGGGAACCUUGGCAAUUUUGGUGGUUGCUUCCUCUUGGGAAGGCUUACUUUAAUCGGCAACCUGCGCACCUUUGGGCCAUAUGGAACGCGGGAAGGUCCGCCAUUCGAUCUUCCCGCAGCUGGCGGCAAGAUUGUUGGUUUCCAUGGCCGCUCCGGGGGCCUCCUCGAGGCUCUGGGCACCUAUGUAAAGAUGGACGACUAGCCCACACAUUACUAUCUAGGCCAUUGGUCGAUAUUACUAUUUGUACUGCAUGAACAUGUCAAUGUCUACUGUACCUCGUGACCAAAC